AAUUGUAGCCGGAGGUCUCCAAAGCUGGUCGCAGGAGUAAGACGUUUUCUUUGUCGCUUAAGUGGUGUGACUCAUUUAAGUCGGUAGUUGAGGCUUUCAGGGAAGCUGUAGUGGGAGUGUUCGCCGGUUCGCUUUGUAUACUAAAGGUGAAGUUUGCUACUCACGAUGGCAGACCCAGAUGUUCUCACCGAGGUUCCUGCUGCAUUGAAGAGGUUAGCCAAGUAUGUGAUUCGUGGGUUCUAUGGCAUUGAACAUGCCUUGGCUUUGGACAUCUUGAUCCGAAACCCAUGUGUAAAAGAGGAAGAUAUGCUGGAGCUACUCAAGUUUGACAGGAAGCAGCUUCGUUCAGUUUUGAAUAAUUUAAAGGGAGACAAGUUCAUAAAAUGCAGAAUGAGAGUCGAGACUGCUGCAGAUGGGAAAACCACUCGCCAUAAUUACUACUUCAUUAAUUAUCGCACUCUUGUUAAUGUGGUAAAAUACAAGUUGGAUCACAUGAGAAGGAGGAUUGAAACUGAUGAGAGAGACUCUACCAACCGGGCUUCCUUCAAAUGUCCUGUUUGUAGUAGUACUUUUACAGACUUAGAAGCUAAUCAACUCUUUGAACCCAUGACAGGAACUUUCCGUUGUACCUUUUGCAAAACAGAAGUAGAAGAAGAUGAAUCAGCAAUGCCCAAAAAAGAUGCACGCACACUUUUGGCAAGGUUUAAUGAGCAAAUUGAGCCCAUUUACGAAUUGCUACGAGAGACAGAAGAUGUGAAUCUAGCCUAUGAAAUACUUGAGCCAGAACCCACAGAAAUACCAGCCCUAAAACAGAGCAAGGACCGGGUAGCAACUACUGCUGGAGCUGCUGGCCUGGCAGGUGGGCACCACCGGGAAGCUUGGACCACCAAAGGUCCCUCUUAUGAGGACUUGUACACUCAGAAUGUUGUCAUUAACAUGGAUGACCAAGAUGAACUUCAUCGAACCUCACUAGAGGGGAAAUCCGCCAAAGAGAGACCCAUUUGGUUAAGAGAGAGCACUGUCCAAGGGGCGUAUAGUUCUGAAGAGAUGAAAGAAGGUGGCAUAGAUAUAGACACAUUUCAGGACCGUGAUGAAGGACGUGCAGGGCUGGAUGAUAACGAGGAGGUCAUGCGAGCACUGCUUAUUCACGAGAAAAAGACCCCCUCUGCCACAGGUGGCUCAGUGGGGGCAGCUGCUCCUGUCUCUGCUGGCAAUGGCAGUGACUCAGAGAGUGAGACCAGUGAGUCAGACGACGACUCCCCACCCCGUCCAGCAGCUGUGGCUGCACAUCAUCGGGAGGAAGAUGAGGAGGAGGAUGAUGAAUUCGAGGAAGUAGCAGAUGACCCUGUUGUCAUGGUGGCUGGACGUUCCUUCUCCUAUAGCGAAGUGAGCCAGAGGCCGGAGCUGGUAGCCCAGAUGACACCAGAGGAGAAGGAUGCAUAUAUAGCAAUGGGACAGAGAAUGUUUCAGGACCUCUUUGAGUGAGCUUUCACUAUUUUUUCCUCUUUUCUCUAAUACUCAUUUCCAAAAAAAAUUCCUACCUUUGAUGAAAAGUUUUAGUGACUUGCUGCCCUUCUUAAUGUAAAAUGACUUAAUCUUGUGCAAAAGAAGAUUUAAUUUUUUUAUACCAAAACUUUCCAUAAAGUAGGUUAACUAGAAUUUUCUUUUCUACAAUUAACCAACAGUAUUAACAUUUUGGUGUAUUUUCUUAUCUAGUAUUUUUUCUUUACUUUUAAAGACAACUUUUUACCUGCUGAAAUGAGGUAAAGAAGUCUGUAAGUUUAUUCUCCCAGUCUCUCUGCCAAAGCCCCCUAGGAUAGCUUACAGUAAACCGUUCACUAAUCUCUUCCAAGCAAGCAUUUCAAAGAGUUGCUUAUAUUAUCAACCAAAGAACUUUUGCCAUAGGCAAAUCAUUGAUAACAGAAGAAAAAUCUUAAAACUUCAUAUCAUUUUCCAGUUAAGGAUGGAACCAGUAUAUAAGGGAGUUGGGAGUGUAUUUGGGAAAGAAAUGGAUAUGACUAAAUUUCAUGAUUAAUGUAUAAGCUAAAUUUAUAUCUUUAGACCUGACCAGACUAGAGAUUCUGUUCUGUUUAAUGGCUUUUGGUUAGAUGUGGAGGCUAGAAAAUGGAAAAUAUACUUGAUAAAUUAAUGGACAUAGGACAUCUUGAAGAGUAGAGAGCAUGGAAGCUAUGAAUUUUAGAAUUUCUGGAGUUGUGCUGACAUGGAAAUGCUUUAUGUAAAACUGAGUCUGGUCACUGUCUUCCUUGUUCCCCUAAUACAAACCUCUUGCCAAAGUAAUAAAAUUUGUUUAAUGAGGCCAUCCCAACAGAAAUCAAUCUAUAUAAGUUCCUUCCUCCCUCUCACUCUUAAAAUCUCUCAUGUCACUGAAGGCCUUCUUUGUUUCUCUCCGUUUAGUCAUGGCAUUUCAGAGUGAAUCCAUUAUGUUGUUGAACUUUGUAAUAUCAAGGAACUUAGUUUAUGUUUGAUUCUGAUUUUAGUGUUAUAUUAUUCACUAAGGUUGAACAUUAAAAAUAAAUACUGUAAAGGG